UUUUGCUAGUACUUUUGAACCUUAAAAUACAAACUGUUUUAUGCUAUUUCAAAAUAAGAGCCCCUAAUGUCAACUAGCCCUGUCAUGACACAGAAAUUACAAAGGCACUGUAUCUUUUAAAGAAAAUCCCCUUUUUGUAGCACUUCCUUAAAAACAGCUAUUUAAUGCAACUCUGCCAGUUCUUGACAGUUCUGUCUUAACAAUUCUGAUUGUAAAAGAUUGGGAAGAAAAUUUAGGUUUUGUCUUUUUUUUUUUUGGUAAAGGGUUGAAGUGUCUUCCUGAAUUAUCUCUUUAUUAAUGAAGCAUGGCUGGUGUCGAACAAGACAAACUGGGUCAAGCAUUUGAAGAUGCAUUUGAGAUAAUGAGGGAUAACUCGACUGGUGAUGGUUCGUACCCCCCAGAUUACAAAAAUUACCUAGCUUUUAUCAACCACUGUUCUCACGUUAGAGGAACUUCCAGCUACUACACUAUGUUGCCUCCGGAGGAACCCGUCAGUAAUUGGAGAGCAGUUGUAAACAGUGCUACAGACUUCUAUUUGGGUGGAGAUAUUCAUCAGUCUCUGCAGCACAUCUCUGAAAACCAACUGGCACAACCUGUUGUUUCCCAACAAAAGGGAGGGAAAGGCCGGAAGAAACUCCGUCUGUUUGAAUAUCUUUAUGAAUCCCUGUGUAAUCCUGAGAUGACAUCUUGCAUUCAGUGGGUAGAUAAGAGCAAAGGCAUCUUUCAGUUUGUAUCAAAAAACAAGGAAAAACUUGCCCAACUUUGGGGGAAAAGAAAAGGCAACAGGAAGACCAUGACUUACCAGAAAAUGGCCAGAGCACUGAGGAAUUACGGAAGAACUGGGGAAAUCACCAAAAUAAGGAGGAAGCUGACUUACCAGUUCAGUGAGUCCAUUCUCCAAAGACUCUCUCCAUCUUGUUUCUUGGACAAAGAGUUCUUCUGCUCACAGUAUGCUCAACCCAAUCAAGACUAUUUCAGUUUAAGUAAUUGGAAUGCAAAUUAUAAUUGUGUAGCUGCCAGUUACCAUGAGUCAAUUUGUCCCCAUUGCUAAAUAUUUGCAUACCUGUUAGGAUUUCCUGACAUCAGAAGUCCCUAAAAAUUCCAGGAUAUUUCUCUUAAGGCAAAUACUGAACAGCAAAAACAAAAAACUAAUUCCAUUCUUGCUAAUUUUUAUUGAAUAGUAUAAAUUCUACCAGUGAACAACUAAAUGUUCUUGUUCUUAUAAGAAAAGUCUGCAAUAUUUUCUAGAUUAAAAAUGCUUGCUAUAAAUAGAUAUAGAGACAGAAACACUGUUUUCUAUCAGGCAAAAAAUAAUGAUUCUAACUUGUAUUUGAUUUUAGGGGGAAAAAAAGACUGCAAUGAUGCACAUGCUAAAAUGCAGUCAUAGUUUUAAAAGCUUCUGUGGCUGUCUAUGUUUUUCAGUACUUAAGACCUCAUAGUCUAUAAACUUGUGGCACCACAGAAACAAUAUAGGAAAAAUGCUUACAUUUCCUUACAUUUGUCUCUUCCCUAGGGCACAUGCAGGAGCUAACAUUUCUUGUUAAAUUGUCACUCAGACACAGGGAGGUGCUUUUGCCUUGCUAACUUGCUUACCCAACUUCGGAACAGUCUUCAUACCUUGAAGUAGCCAACUGAGACUAGGCUUGCAGAGUAGAGGGCAAAAUAAAAACAAAUAAUAUAUCCAAAGAGAACCAGGAUUUAGGAAUCCCAAUUGAAAGCUAUGGCUUAGCCUUCACAUUUUACAAGGACUCCUGAGAGUCCUUGUUUUUUCCUGCUUGGCAGCUACACACACAUAUGCCAUCUUUAUUAUGAUGUAGAGAAAUUACCUAGACUGCUUGAACCAUCUUAACUCCUGGCCAGCAGACCAAGAGUCUCCUGCUGGAUGCCAUAUUGAAUUUAUUGCAUUCAGUAUUGUCUCUUUUUCUUUGUGUCCUGCUGGUGCAUUUCCUUCUUCAGGGACUUUUAAGGAAAUUAGAGCCAGAGUAAUUGAAUGGAGGCAAACCUGACAUUGGCUCUUUUCACAGUAAGUUGAGUUUCAGUUGAGACUGGAUAAUGUUGAAGCCUAAUCCCCAGUGCACUAGGACAUGAGGCCUUAGGAAGGUGAUUCCAUUACAGAGACUUUUCUCAUCUCAGUGCAUAGAAGGUAACCUCUGAACCAGGAAGCAGACACCAAAUUUGCUUAUACUUUGGUCCUGGACUUCCUAGCCUCCAGAACUCUGAGAAAUUCAUUGUUUAUGAGCCAUUCAAUUUAUGGUACAGACAUACCUCAUUCUAUUAUGCUUUGCUUUAUUACAUUUUGCAAAUAUUGCACUUGCAGGGUUGUAGUAACCCUAUUGACCAAAUCUGCUGGGGCAUUUUUUUCUGAUAGUUAUAAAAAUAAUGGAUAGAAUUAUUAUUUUUUUUGUGGUCCAGGAGAUGGUGCAGUAGAUAAAGCAUUGGACUCUUAAGCAGGAGGUCCUGAGUUCAAUCCCUGGAAGCACAUGUAUCAGAGUGAUGUAUGGUUCUUUCUCUCCUCCUAUCUUUCUCUCUAUCUUUCAUUAAUAAAUAAAUAAAAUCUUUAAAAAAUUAUAAUUUUUUAGUUAUAAAAUCUUUUUUUUUUUUUUUUUUUUUUUGCACUAUGCUACCACUAAAUGACCUUCCUGGGGCUGUUUUAAAAAUUCUUUUAUUUUAAAGAAAAAAAAUAUCACACUGCUCCACCAUCUAUGGUCUCUUCCAGUGCUAUCCCAGUGAGUGUUGGGACUUGUUUGAAAGUCUUAAUUCCAGACAUGAGAGCCCUCUCCCUCAAGAGCCUCUCCUGCCUUUCCUCUGCAACUAGCUCAUUUACCACACUUUACCAGACACUCAUGUUAUUGGUGAAAACAUAAUCUUCCUAGUCACGACAACUGAUUAGGGGUUGUAUUGUUAAAUGGGAAACUGGGGAAUUUUAUGCAUGUACAAACUAUUGUAUUUACUGUUGAAUGUAAAACAUUAACUCCCCAAUAAAGAAAUAAAUUUAAACAAAAAAGAAAGAACACAGGAAAACUCAAAGUAAAGGCCAUGGAGAGGGUUAUUAGGACAAAGUAGAUAGUUGAGAAAAUCCAAAGUGACAGUUGUGGAGAGGUUGCUGUGUUAAAAUUAAAAUGUAGUUUUCCUACUCCAUUAUAGAAGUGCCAUAGACCUAGCUAUUUCAUUUCUGGCUGUUUAUUUGAAUCAUAUGAAGACACCAAUCAAAAAGAAACCCGCCCCUAUGCUCUUUGCAGCCCUGUUUAUAACAGAAAAAAUAUGGAAACAAUCUAGAUGCUCAUGAGUGAUUAAUAACAUUUUAGUUAAUGUUAUUAAUGCAUAUAUAAUCCCAUAGUCUACAAGACAUAGCACAGGUGUGUAGUUCAUACCACCUAGCUUUGUGUAAUUACAUCCUGACAUUUGCCCAACUAUGAAAUUGCCUAACAGUGCAUUUCACAGGCAGGAAUCCUUAUCAUUAAACAGCUGUAUAUACACAAUAGAAUGCAAUAUCUUAGAUUCACACAACAGAUUGGUGGUUACCAGUAGAGACAGGUUUUAUGGAGUCAGUGAAAGAUAAAGGGAGUCAGUUAUGGUGGUGGAUGGAAACUAGACUUUAGUGAUGGUCAUAAUGUAAUAUAUAUGUAUAUAUAUAUAGAUAUUGAAAUACAUUGCUGCACACCUAAAAUAUAUCAUGUUGCAAAUCAAUGUUAAUCCAAUAAAAAAGUUUAAAAUUU